CUCUCGAGGCCGGACGCCACGAUGCCGCCACUUCUGAUCGGGCUCGUACUUGUUGUGGCACGGAUGGACAAGGCCGAGGGUGAGUCGCCUCUUGACAGCCCCCGACCCUUUGGCCAAGGGAAAGCCUCGCGCGCCGAGGAGUUCGAUCGGACCGGUGUUCUCCAGCCGGACAGUCAGAUCACCGCCACCCUUCGCCCCGGAACGAACUCAGAGUUCUACUACUUGAUUCAUCACGAAGGGACGCCCUUUACGCUGCUGGUCAGCCCGUGCAGCGGCCCAAUAUCCUGGACGGUCAGCUACGUCCGUCCGCCAGAAAACGAGUCGGAUGCUGAGGAAGGGAAGAAGCGAUGGCCAGUGACGAAGCUCGUACCAGGUUCGCCGUUGUUCACCUACGCCGGAGUCGAGGCGCGAAAUUUCUCAAUGACGAGAGCACAGGAGGGCGUUUACCGCUUCGAGAUAAGAUCAACGACGACGUCAAACGGCAGCACGGAGCGUCGGGGCGUCGACACGGUCCGUCUCUAUGCCACGACGGAGAUUCUGGAGCACCAAUCCAUCGUCGACUUUGGGAACGGCAGCAGGGGACACCGUCGUCAUCUUCUGCGGUUCCAGCAGCGACGGAGCAAACGACGUCUCGGCGUCUCGUGGAGCUGGAGUCGGGCCGUUACCAAUCUGACUGAAUACUGCCUUGCCGUGACAUCUGGGCAGCGCAGACCCCCGGCGACGUUGUGCGCCGCGCAAAACGUGCUGCAGUCAACCUCGACUUGGCCCCUAGACAAGAUUCAGACUUCCGGGCAUCAACGGCGACGCCCCAUUCCCGAGGGCCUUCACUGCCCCAGGGAAGCCAGGCUAACCCUUAACGGAAUGAGGUUCAACACCACUUACCAUUUCGCACUCUACGCGGUGAGUAGGACGAACAACGUGUCGCGCCGAGUAACUGUGGAGAGUCACAAGUUUCGUCGAAAUCCGACGCAGACUCUGCGCACCGGCCGUCCAGAGACGACCAACCUCCGGAAGAACAGCGGGUUGGUGAACUUCCAGUACCGACCGCGAAGCAACGCGAGGACCGUAUUCCUGAUGCGUUCCUGCAGCGGGGGGUCCUUUCGGGUCCUUCUUAGGGGGCCCGCAGGGGUGGUCAGUGACCAAAAGGUGACCGACAGUGUCUUCAAGCUGGUGGCGGCGCCCCUGGAGUCAGGGAAAAGGUACGUCCUGAGGAUAUCGGUGACCCCCGAGGAACUCGAGACUGUGACGACGGUGAAGGUGAUCGCACGGGAGGACGUGCCCACGUCUGCGAAUCAGAAGGCACCCAACAGGAGUCGGUCGCGAGAAAAUCGAUUCCCCAGAGGGUCUUCAUGGUCGAGGUUAAGGAAGCGGUUCAGGGUUAAUCAGCGACCCAUCUGCUCGCUUUCGGAUAUCUGAGUGAGGAAUAAAAAUGAACGCACCUCGACACCGUCGGACGCGAACAAUCGUGGCGCGUGAACGAGACGGCUGUUGAAAAUUAGCGCUGUACCGUAAUUGCGUUACUGGCGUAUCUCCAACUGCACGGCGUUGUCGUACGAUUUACGAAUAAUCAUUCGAACAUUGAACUCUGGCACCGUUUGUUCCAUCUAUUGUUCAAUAUUCAACUUCCGUACACGAUUGGCAACGGUCCGACUUCUCGUUUUACUUCUGACCGGAAAUUUCGCGUAUGCCUUUCGGUGAACACAUUAUUGAGAAAAAUAGAAUGAUAUACCACGUUUAAGACUGAAUUUAACGUCGAAUUACCAAAUUCUAAAGACUGUCUGCAUGUUCCAACAAAUCAAAUUUUUCUUCUCUAAAUCUCUAUUCUUUACACAAAAAUGCAGUUUGAGGUAUGCAAGUACAGCAAAGGAUGCUGCAAAUAUUGCGUUCUCGAGCCGUGGAACGAUGCAGCCAAGCAAAUCCGGUUGCAUUGUUAAAUGUCAAGUGUUAAGUGGGUUUGCGUCAAUAUUACUUAAGAGGCGUGAGAUGUUUGCACACCAGUACUGUCCAUGAUCGCCUUCCGAUGAAGUAUUUAUUAUGAAGUUUCAAGAAGCAACUGCAAUUCAACGUACAUCUCUGGGCGUCACAUCUUCCUGUUCCUGUCACAUUUUCAUCUGAUACCACAAAGUCAAUCAUACCUCGCAUAUUUCUUUACGACGGUUCAAAAUCCAACGACUAACUUUUACGUCACAAUAAUCGCAUUUAGCAAAAUUUAUUGACAAAACUGCCUCCAAUGAGAUGUGUGGCAAAAAAAUGGAAUCAAGUUCACCAAAACGAAAUGAAAGCACUGAUGGAAAAUCCAAAUGUUUCUCGAUGAAAAAUGCGAACAGAAGAGAGGUAAAGUUGGACGAGGGUCACCCUCGAAGCGUGAAUUAGCCGCAUGAAAAGUUACUCGACAGUAAUUGCAUGCUGCUGAGACACCGCGAUAAUAGCAAAAACUGAAUGCAGUCUCAUAGCGUUCUCCCGUCUUGUCUACGGGGGAGAGGGACGAGAAUUAUCGUUUCAUACAGCAAAUGUUUUGUAUAAUAUAUUUAGGUAAUAAAAGGUUUAAAC